AGGUGUAUUCACCAACAGCAGCUCCGUACCCUGCCGUACAGGCUCAUCUGGAUUCGCCUGCUCCUUCGCCAAACCCUGAAGGCAAGUAAGCCUAGCACAGUUCAAGAGUCAUUUGCGAUUACACCAAAUGUCACGAAUGAGACAAAGGAACCACAAAAACCGGCAGAGACGCACCACAAGAAACAUCACAAGUUACCACUGGCUCCAACAUCAUCAAAGUGCUAUGACGCUAAAAGAACUUUCAAGGUAGCCAUGUUGUUCAAAAGUUCUUAUACGGCUAAGCAGCAUUCCACAAAUAGAACAAUUUCAGGCGAUGCAGGUGUUGGCAAGACAUGCCUGUCAUUUCGGUUCUGUUGUGGUAGAUUUCCCGAGCAUACCGAGGCCACCAUAGGUGUCGAUUUCCGGGAAAGAAGUUGUGUAAUAGAGAGAGAAUUGCUCAAGGUACAAUUAUGGGACACAGCUGGUCAGGAACGAUAUAGGCAUUCAAUAGUGGCCCUUCUAUCGCAAUGGUCAAUGACCGUCUGUUGUUUGUUUACGAUCUACAAGCCCCUCAUCCUUUGCCUCGCUUCGCUCCUGGAUUAA